GAUGUUGUUCGAUGGAAGCUCUGAACUAAGUUUCUCUCUCGAUCUGUUCUCAUCAUGUGAGGUGCAUAUGUGGAGAGAGUCUAGAGAGUCCAAGGAAGACUUUGCUGAGCUCUAAUGUUUUCAUUUUUCACUUGAACCCGAGUGGGUUCAACCACCACCUACCUCUCUAAAUCUCCCCAAUAUAUGCUUAAAUGGACACCAUCAAUUCAUUUAUCUGCUCCUCCUUUUAGCCUGUUCCAGCUCUCUCUCUCUCUCUCUCUCUAACAUGAACAUUACUAGUCCCACACGCUUUUACUGAUAAUAAAACCACCACCAGACAACAUCAGAACACAGCAUCAAAGUUCACAAGUUGGUUUGAUGGCCAUGGUGGUCUGGUGGUCCGUUUGACUCCCCCGCCCAACACUUUCAAGAACAACCGAAAGAAUCCUUGAAACCGCAAGAAACCCCACUUCCCAAGUUCUUUUCCCCCUUCUCCUUAUAGCAUUUCUUAAACUCAGUCUUAAGGGGGGGAAAAAAGACCGAGUUCAACGGAAGCAAGAAGUGCCCUAGGAAAAAAAUCCUGAACCGUAAGCCCCGAAUGCUCCUUAGCUGACGUUUCGCGGCGAAGGUGACGGCAGCGGCGGUGGCGGAUUUUGGGUAGGAUAUGGACGGAGUAGCAGCGAAGUCGAGCAGGUUGCUCACAUUAUGCGGGAGGCUCACGAACGAGGUGGUGAGCUUCUUCGUCUUCUCUCUCCUGGACCUGCUGGACACCGUCCUCUGCCUCGCCUUCAAGGUCUUUGACUUCGUCGCCGAGGCCGAGUGGAAGCCCUGCUACUGCUCCUCCUCCUCCGCCAGGGAGGCCAUCCACGGCGCCGGAGGCGGGGAGAUCCUGGUCUCCGAGCGGGGCGAGUCCAAGAUCGUGUGCCUCAGCUCGGGCGGCGGCGGCAAUGGCAACGUCAAUAAGCUCCGGCUUGACCAAGUGUCCGACACGCUCUACACGAGGCCUUCGGUACUCCACGAGGUCUCAGAGUCCAUAAAGCGGUUAUACGAGAAGAGGGGGAAGCAAAGGGCGGCGAAGGCCACGACGGUGUUCGCAGUGGACUCCGCCGUGGUGGAGAUGCUGCAGGGGAGGAUGGUGGGGAAGCAGCCGCAUCCGAUCCCGAGGUGGUCAGACUGCGACUGCGAGGAUUGCACGUCGUGGACGUCGCGGGGGAGGAAGAGCCUCUUUGUCAAAGUUGCCGGAGAUAAAGGAUUGUCAGAUAAACCCCGUGAAGACGUGCUCUUCAUUCAUGGCUUCAUCUCAUCCUCUGCGUUCUGGACGGAGACGCUGUUCCCGAACUUCUCCGACACGGCAAAGUCCGCAUACCGGCUCCUGGCCAUGGAUUUGCUCGGGUUCGGGCGGAGCCCGAAGCCGAGUGACUCGCUCUACACGCUGAGGGAGCACUUGGACAUGAUCGAGCAGUCGGUGCUCGAGCCCUACAAGGUCAAGUCCUUCCACAUCGUGGCUCACUCCUUGGGCUGCAUCCUGGCCCUCGCUCUUGCCGUCAAGCACCCCGGCUCGGUCAAGUCCCUAACCUUGCUCGCACCGCCCUAUUACCCGGUGCCAAAGGGCGUGCAGGCGACGCAGUACGUGAUGAGGAGGGUGGCGCCGCGGCGGGUAUGGCCGCUCAUCACGUUCGGUGCGUCACUCGCGUGCUGGUACGAGCACAUCACCCGGGCGUGGUGCCUGCUCGUCUGCAAGAACCACCGGUUGUGGGAGUUCCUCACCAAAGUCAUCACCAGAAACAGGAUCAGGACAUUCAUGUUCGAGGGGUUCUUCUGCCACACCCACAACGCGGCGUGGCACACGCUCCACAACAUCAUCUGCGGCAUGGCCGGCAAGCUCGAUGGCUACCUAGACACGGUGAGGGACCGCCUGAGGUGCGACGUGACCAUCUUCCACGGUGAGGACGACGAGCUCAUCCCUGUCGAAUGUAGCUACAGUGUCCAGAGGAGGGUCCGCCGAGCCCAUGUGAAGGUGAUCGAGAAGAAGGACCACAUCACGAUCGUGGUAGGGAGGCAGAGGGUGUUCGCGCGGGAGCUCGAGGAGAUUUGGAGGAAAUCGAGUGGCUGAAUCGAUCCCCCUAGUCUCUAGUCGUCACGAAGGAGCUGAGAAGUACAUGAUCAUUCAUUACCAAUAGAUGUUCUACCAAAAUCAAAAUUGGAUUGAGCUGAAGUUGCUCAAAAUUGGAUAGGCCUCAGUCCCCUAUUGUUUGAUGUGUGAAAUAUGAUCAAUUGCAUAUAUUAGCAGAGUUGAUGAGUUUGAA